GACCAUAGCGGCGAGAUAGAGAGAGCCGUCUUCCUGAAACUACUAGAAGACGAGCAGUUCUCCGUGGUUGAGGCAGUGCAACAGAUCACUGCGCAAACCUAUACAGCCGCAGCUUCCCAAAACACUGACGCAUUAGGAUUACACACCUAUCAUGUCGCCUGCUAUAUUCUCGAUUUUGCUACAGAGGUGGUACGCCAUGAUCAACAGUCCCGGCUUCUUGAGUUUAUCCGCCUUCUCAAGCAACAGGUAAUGCCCGACCCAAAGCAGGGUGGCAUGUUGAGAGUGGACAAUUAUAAAGUCUGGUCUGACAUGCCCAGCAUGAUGAUACUGAUACGCGAGUUCUACCACAAAAGUGCACCAUAUGAAGAAAAUAAUACGCCUGAACACGAUUACGAGUACGAGAAUGUCAUGGCAUUUCUUGCUCAGAUGACUGAGAAUGGCCUCUUCAAACCCGUGGAGGGUAUAUCGUGGUCUAUGCCUAGCCUUAUAGAUGUUUUUCACCCUGAUGCAGCUCCGAUUUUGCGGCGGGCGGAGAUCCGGUGCGUAUGCAUGUGGAUGGUAUAUGCUCCCAACCAAGUCCGAAAGAGUGCCUUGCUUCCCUAUCGGUAUGAUGAGGAGAGAGGAUUUGAGCCUGGGGACUGGGAGAAGUGGAGGGCGCUCCUGCAGAAGUACCUGGAUAUAUUCUUGGAUGAGGAUACCCAGAACUUAAUCCAUACUGCUCUUUAUAGCAUGGAAAUAGCCGAUCAAGUAACCCUAUAG